AUGGCCCAGAAUCAGAUUCGCACCCUCUCGCCAUCGACCAACAAGGUCAUUUUCGAACACGCAGGAACCCCGAUUGAAGAGAUUCGCAGGAUUGCCAAGGCGUCCAAGGAUGCUUUCCUGUCGUACAAGAAGCUCUCUCUUGCAGAGCGUAAAGCUACCAUUCAGAAAGCCCUGGAUCUGAUCGAGGAGCGGAAGGAAAGGUUGGCACACGAGCUGACGGCGCAGAUGGGUCGGCCCAUUGCCUACAGCGUCAAGGAAAUUGAAACGAUGCGAAAGCGAGCGAAUUACUUGAUGAGAACGGCUGAAGAUGCGCUCAAGGAAAUCCCUGGAGAGCCUGAAAGCGGGUUCAGGAGGACGUUGAAGAAGGAGCCAGUUGGACCGGCUUUGAUUGCAUUUGCGUGGAACUACCCAUAUCUCAUCAUGGUCAAUGCCCUUGUUCCCGCUUUACUAGCAGGCAACUCUGUCAUUCUUCGCCCGUCCCCUCAGACACCCCUGGUCGGCGAGCGACUUGUCGAAAUCUUCAACGAAGCCGGUCUGCCACCAAAUGUCCUGCAACUCGUCCAUAUCGGCAGCCUCGACGUACUCGAUGAAGCCGCCCAAAUCCCCGAAAUCGCCCUAGUUUCAUUUACCGGCUCGACAGCCGGGGGGGUCCGCAUCCGAGAAGCGACUGCCAAGAGAAUCGUGCCGGUCAAUCUGGAGCUCGGGGGCAAAGACGCUGCAUACGUCCGCCCAGAUGUCGACGUGGCGUACGUCGCCGCCCAACUCGUGGACGGUGCCAUCUUCAACUCCGGGCAGAGCUGUUGCGCUAUCGAGAGAGUCUACGUUCAUGCCGACGUGCACGACGAAUUUGUCAUGGAGGUGCAGAAGGAGUUGAAGACAUACCGACUGGGAGAUCCGACAGACACCACCACGACGGUCGGUCCGGUGAUUUCGCAGGCCGCAAAGAAGAACAUCCAGAGCCACGUCGAUGAGGCGCUAUCGCGGGGCGCCGUCAACGCGACGCCUGCCAACGCAUCUUUCGAGAACCCACCUUCAGAAGGAAACUAUGUCGUCCCCACCGUGCUCGUGGGUGUCGACCAUACCAUGCAGGUAAUGCGUGCCGAGACGUUUGGGCCCGUCCUGCCGAUCAUGAAAGUCACCAGCGACGAGGAGGCCAUUACCUUGAUGAACGACAGCGAAUACGGCCUGACCGCCAGCGUGUGGACGAAAGAUAUACCCCGGGGCGAAGAGAUUAUCGAGCAGCUCGAGGCGGGCACCGUGUUCAUCAACCGAUGCGACUACCCCAGUCCGGAUCUCGCAUGGACAGGCUGGAAGAACUCCGGUCUAGGCUGCACAUUAGGACCGCACGGUUUUGACGCCUUCUUCAAGCUCAAGAGCUUCCACAUCAAGUUGUAA